CCGACUCCAUCCAUUGACUGAGAGGAGAGAGGAGUGGGAGGAAAAACGUACAUACAUGGAACUGGAGUGGAGAGGUAAAGCGCAUCAAGGCAACAAGUAGACUUCUAUAUUUAAAGGUUGCUGAGAAUCUUGGGGUAGUUUUAGAGAAAGUAGGUAAAUCAUGUGUCGAAGUCUGGUGCGCAAAACGUUGUUUUCUGACCGGGCAAACUGACCUGAUCGCAAUGCUACCAGCUCUCUGGCGAGGGAAGAGCGCUCCCUUUCUCCCAGCGCAGUGGAUUGGAGCAAAUUCUAUUGUGAUGCUAAAGUUGUGUCGGAAGAGGGAGAGGGGCUGACAAAACGACCAAAAGUCAAGCUAUCUACAUUUUCAGUAAACAGGAUUAUUUUGUCGUGUGUUCUAUCCAUUUAAUGUUAUUUUGUGGACUGUUUAAUUGUCAUCACUUGUUGCUGACUGUUGGAACGAAAGUGAACUUGUUUCAACUAGACUGCAGUUAGAUUGGCAAACCAUGUUUCAUUUGCUGACUCGGUGAUGCUAGGAAAUGAUUUAUCCUUUAGGAGCGGACAUUCCCCUCUUGCUAUGCUCUUCGGAAAACUUUAAGAAAAGGAGAAGAGAAAAAUCGGUUCUUCCAUCUUUUCGGCUUCAUUUCCUCUAUGCAGUGGGUCUGCUGGACUGAAUAGGACCGAGCCACCAGGCUAGGCUACCUCGGCGGUGCUAGUGAUUAUGGAAAGCAGUCUCCCAAGCUACAGCACAGUCAUACACCGAGGAAAGACGCUGUUCCUGGAGGCUCGACUCCUGGGUGGGGCACCCUGGGGGUUUCAGCUCAAAGGAGGUCUGGAACAUGGAGAGGAGUUAAUCAUCUCUAAGGUUGAGGGAGGUGGGAAGGCAGACCUGUUGGAACACCCCCUGUUGCCAGGAGACCAGGUGGUUGUCAUUAACGACGUGGAACUCAGUGGAUUCAGGCAGGAAGCCGUCUCAUUGGUCAAAGGAUCAUACAAGACUCUCCGACUCACUGUCCGCAGGGAGAGCUGCCCAGGCUCCUGCUGUGGUGACCCCACCCUCACCCCACUGACCCUGCCCACCCAGCCCACCCUCACCCCCCUACCCACCAUCGGCCCUCCCUCGGACCACCACACCCCCCUCUCCUCCAGCCACGGACCCCCCAGAGAGACCCGAGGAGGAUGUUCUGGAGGAGUUAAACUCCGUAUCAAGAACAGACGCAGUGAGCCUGUCUCCAGACCUCACUCGUGGCACGCCACCAAGCUAGGCGAGGGCCAGCCAGACCCCAGCAUGAUGCAAAUAUCCCAGGACCCUCCCUGGCAUCACACCUACCCCUCCAGUGCGUCCACUACAGACCUGUCGGGCUACGACCCAGGUUACCUGAGGAAGAGUCCAGACCAGUACAGUUCUAGAGGAAGUAUGGAGAGCCUUGGGGAGCACCACGGCCACCCAGCCUACAGCUCUUCCUGCCAUCAGCUGUCUGCCUCCAAGUCCUCCAACAGUAUGGACCACCUUCACAGUAAGAGAGACUCAGCCUACUCCUCUUUCUCCACCAGCUCUAGUAUCCCAGAGUACCUUGCUGCCGCUCCGGCCUUUGGUAAGGAGAGGUCGUACUCCAUGGAGACGGUUCCGCAGAGGGGCGGGAUUAGUGGAGGGGGUGGGAGCGGGGCUGGGGCGGAGGGAAUGCAGCAAGCUGAUAUCCGAUAUGUCCGUACGGUCUACGACCCCCAGCAGGGCGGUGCUCAGGAGCACGAGGUUAGCUCCGCCUCUGCUGCGUUGCUACGCAACCACGAGGCUGGCAGGGCGGGGUCUUGUAGUGUGGGCGGGGCCGCCUGUUACCGCGGCACCAGUAGCAGUAGUAACAGCAGUGGCGGAAGCAGCGGUGGUGGUAACCAUGGUAUUAACCCCAACCGUCACAGUGUUGGGCCCAUUUGGGGUCAGAGCACCAGCCGCAGUUCCUACGAGAGCCUGAAGGGGGCGCCGGCUCCUCCCAUGCGGAGCGACAGCUACGCGGCUAUCAGGAACCAUGAGAGGCCAAACUCGUGGUCCAGCCUGGAUCAGGCUCGCUCCCUCAGGGCUCUCCACAAGGGGUCCACCUCCUCCUGGUACCACUCCUCUGGCUCCAUGGCCUCCAGCUCGGGAAAGGGCUCCUUCGGGGCAGAGGGCCAGCUCCACACCGUCAUAGAGAAGAGUCCUGAGAGCAGCCCCACCACCAAGCCCAAACAGGGCGUGGGUCAGGGCUUCCCGCCGCCCCCCGAGCCCCAGCAAACAUCCGCCCAGUCUGGCUGCCUUAUGCUGCCCCAGGGCAUCUACCCUGUACCCCCACCUGAGCCCCACUAUGCCCAGAUGCCCACCAGCAGCCCCAACCCCAGCAGCGUGUACCCAGCCCUGGCCAGGGAGAGCGGUCUGAGCAGCCUGAGAGAGCUCCAGGGAUUAAGGCUGGGGGUCAGUGUGGAUACAGGGAUGGGGGUAGUGGUGGAGAAUGGAUACCAAAGCAACCCCUCUUCAUCCUCCUAUGUCACUUCCUCUGGCCAGCCUCAGCAUCCUGACUUUACUCAGCCUCCACCCAAACAGCCAGCUCAUCCAACUCAACCCGCAGACAGAGUGGGGGAAAAGUCAGGGUACGAGGAGACCCAAACUAAACUGGGUCUCUACAGGUCUCAUCUGAAGGGGGAGGGACAGACCGUGUCCCAAAGGCAGAGCCAGCGGAGCCAAGGACAGGGACAGGGUCAGAGCCAAGGUCAGGGACAAGGUCAGAGCCAGGGUCAAGGACAGGGUCAGAGCCAAGGACAGGGUCAGGGUCAGAGCCAAGACCAGGGACAGGGUCAGAGCCAAGACCAGGGACAGGGUCAGAGCCAAGGCCAGGGACAGGUUCAGAACCAGAGACAGGGUCAGAGCCAAGGCCAGGGACAGGGUCAGAGCCAAGGCCAGGGACAGGGUCAGAGCCAAGACCAGGGACAGGGUCAGAGCCAAGACCAGGGACAGGGUCAGAGCCAAGACCAGGGACAGGGUCAGAGCCAAGGCCAGGGACAGGGUCAGAGCCAGGGACAGGGUCAGAGCCAAGGCCAGGGACAGGGUCAGAGCCAGGGACAGGGUCAGAGCCAAGGCCAGGGACAGGAUCGGAGCCAAGGCCAGGGACAGGGUCAGAGCCAAGGCCAGGUGUCCAGACCCUGCUCAGCCCAGUCUAUAGGCCAGGAGAGAAGGGACCCAUACACUCCAGUCCAGCCGCGGGGAGAGAGGCUACCCAGGUACUCCCAGGGCUCAGAGAGCUACCCUGAGCACCACCGACAGGGCCAGGUCAGGGAGGAAGGGCAGGUCAGACACACAGAGCCCAGUCACCACACUAGUCACCCAGUGGCAGGCACCACCAUGCCCAGUAAGAUCGCCCAGGGACAUGUUCCCAUGGGGAGCAGCAGCAGUAGUACCCCAGCACAGGUGUCUGACCAGCAGGUAGAGCAGAGGGCUCAGGGGCCUGACCAGCGGGUGGAGCAGAGGGCCCAGGGGCCUGACCGGCGGGUAGAGCAGAGGGCCCAGGGGCUUGAGCAGCAGGUGGAGCAGAGAGCCCAGGGGCCUGACCAGCAGGUAGAGCAGAGGGCCCAGGGGCCUGACCAGCGGGUGGAGCAGAGGGCCCAGGGGCCUGACCUUCAGGUCAAUGACCAGAGAUCCAGGUCCCCCCUCUGGCACUACAGCGAUCCAAUUCCCCCCCAGCGGCAGAGGGACCAGAGGGGACCAGAGCACCCCCUGACCCAGCUGGAGAACGCCCUAGCAGAUGUCCAGCGCUGUGACAGUCCAGAGAGCUCCGCCAACAGCCAGAGCAGCCACCAGAGGAGCCUCUCUGUUCUGGAGAAAGUGAACCGAUUUGAGCGCCGCGAGCAGGACCAGGGGCAGGGGAAGCAGAGGAGUAAAAGCACCAGCGCCAGCCACACCAACCCGAGGCCUUCCUCCUCCCGUCCAACCCAGCCACAGCCUCAGCCCCAGCACCAUGAGAGGGCCAUGAGCUAUGGUGCUGGUAUGGAUGACCUGCGUAACAUGCUGGAGAGAAGCAACAGCCCCAGCAGCACCUGCAGAACACUGAGCUCCUCCUCUAGUUCACAUCAUGGGAAAACAACGGUGGCCCACGAGGGUCAUCAUUACGCAGAGCAGCAGAGGCAAGGGAGUUGUGACCAGACCCAGCCUCAGAGCUCCAGGUACCCCCAUCAACACCACCCUAAUCCCCAGGACCCUCACCCUGGCUCAGCCCUGCAGAGGAGCAGGAGCACCUUCCAAUUGGAGAGCCAGGAGGAGAAUGGCCACGACAGAGACAGGGAUGGGGACAGAGAGUUCCAUUGGAGGGAUGGCCUGCAUGACCUACUGGGGACCAUCCAGGACACGUCCUUUAACCGGGCCUACAGGGACAGUAUCAAGGACGCCCAGUCCAAGGUGCUCCGAUCCACCUCCUUCAGACGCAGGGAUCUGGGAAUCAGCGUCAGCGGGAGUGUCAACAACAACUCCCCUCCCAUCCCCGCCAAGCACUUAUCUCUGGAGAGGAAGGCGGUGGCACCUAAGACCAGCCCCAAACCCUCCAUUGUCUCCACUACUGUCCUAGCCUCCGCCCCAGCCCUUUCCCUAGCUACCUCCACUCACAACCCUAAAGAAAGGCUCACGGUCACCGUCCCAGACCCAGUCCCAAUCCCAGACCCAGCUCUAGCCACCUUUCCCUCACCUCACACCCCCAAAGAAAGGCUCACGGUCACCGUCCCAGAUGCAGUCCCAGACCCAGCUCUAGCCACCUUUCCCUCACCUCACACCCCCAAAGAGAGGCACGUUGUCACUCCGGAGCCUGAGAGGUUCGGCCCCCCAGAGUUCCUCAGCGUCCUGGCCAUGGGCCCACCAGUCCCGGCCCGUAUCGGUGGGCGUAAGCGACUCACCAUGGAGAAGAAGAAGAGGUCCUACUCCGAGCCUGAGAACAUGCAUGAGGUGGGGUUGGAGCCUGACCCAAGGAGGACUAGCCAGCACCAGCUGUUCCUGUUCCCAGGUACAGAGACCAGCGUGGCGGACCGCAGGAGGAUGUUUGAGAUGGCUGCCAGUCGCAGCCUGAGCUCCAGCUCCCAGGGCUCCCAGACUCUCCCGAGCCUCCAGGGCUCCCAGGCUCCCCAGCGCCUCCAGGGCUCCCAGGCUCCCCAGGGCCACCAGGCUAGUCUAGCCGUGUCCCGGCCGGAGCUCCGGCAGCUGCAGCAGGACGCCCUGGCCGACUACAUGGAGAGGAAGAGAGGCUGGAGGACAGACAGGGAUAGGGACAGGUCAGAGGGAGGGCGCGCCCACCGUGACCGCCCUCACAGUGCCUACCUGCAGCCCUUUACAGACACCCAGAGUGUUUCCUCAACCUCCACCACCAGCCUAGCCUCUCUUCAGGAGCCUCUUCGCCAAGACAGCAGUCUCUCUGGUGAGGGAAGGCUCUGCUCCACACUGCCUCCUGGCCUCCAGGGCUUCUAUCCAGGCAGGGUCACUGCACCACGCAUCCAGGCCAAGGCCCCAGCCUCUAUCUCCACCACCCAACCAGACACCUCGGGAUUCCAAGGGCUACUGGAGGGAGAGCUGCCCAGAUCCAGCCUUGGUAGAGAAGAUCCAGCCCAGGCCUAUGAGGCUCUCCGGAGCCAGGAGUUUUUCCUGCGAGGCGAUGGAGCCUUUGAGAGGGCAGCUCCAGCCCGGAACUCUGGCAAGUCAGCCUCUGCGGAGGACCUGCUGGAGCGCUCUGAGAGGCCUGCACCCCAGCACUUCAGAUCCCGCUCCUCGCCCUCUGGCGAGAGACUCAAUCAGGACUACAUGGCAGGAGGAGAUCUGAGGAUGUAUGGGAUAUUCUCUACUGAGCCCAGGCUUUUCACAAACAACGACAACAACAGGUUCAUGGACAACCAGCAUCCUGACAGACCCGUCUCUGCCUCCAUGUCCCAGUCCAUGUCCCAGUCCCAGUGUGCAGAUACCCACUACCUAUUGAACCAAAGUCCGUUCCAAAGCAACACCCCUGUGAUGAGGAGAGAUAAGCUGAAGAACCCCGACCGCCAGCGGGCCCUUAGUGCCUCCAGCCUGGCUGCCUCUGUAGGUCUCCCCUGCCCCUUCUCCCCCCCAGGCACCAGCCCUACUAUCAGCCUGGACUGGCAGGCCAAUGAGAGGUUGAGCCAGGCCAACCUGGAUGCCAUAGCCUUCCCAACCCUGAUGCAGACCGCCACAUCCAGGACCAUGUCCCCAGAGGCCCAGGUUCACCCAGAGGUCAGAAGAAGCCCCACAGAACAUCUACAGCAGACCAUGGCCCAGGGCCAGAACCAGGGUCUGCAGACCAGGACCAGACAGGGCUCCUCAGACACCAGCACCUCAGAGGAGACCCUGAAAGACUUCCCCAGACAGAAAGAGGGGCCCUGCCCGCAAGCUUCAGCCGUUACACCAAAGACCAACCCACCCCCCGUCCUACCCAAAGCCUCCCCACCACCACCCCCAUUUAAAACCUCUCACAGACCACACGCCCUGCUCUCCCUCCGCAUCUCGGAGUCCACUCUGCAGGAGACCUCGCCCCUACAAGUAGCUCCACACCUAGCCCCUCCCACAAUCUCACUAAAGGACUAUGACGAGGUGUUCCUACAGGAACCGGCCCCUCCCUCCCCUAUUCCUCCCCCGCUCCCAAUCAGGGAGACGGACAUCACAGAGGACUUCCCCCCGCCGCCACCCCCUCUCCUGCCCCCCUCCUCACUCCCAGACAGAAAGGAGGAGGAGGAGAAUCAUCAUGGACCUGGGCUAAAGCACCUCAACAGCUGUGAGUUCCCAUCUCUCCCCUCCUCCUACCGUCAGACAGCACCCCCCUCUAUCCCCCUGUCUGUCUCUCCUGAGCCCCAGCCUGAGACACCCACCACCCUCAGCAGCAGUUUCCCAGAGACCCAGCAGGGGCCUAGCUGUGAGGAAAGCCUGGGGCAAGAGUACCAUCUCUCGGCCAGGAGGGAGAGGUCUGCUGGGGAACUGAGGGUGGAGGCCCUGGCCAGACAGCUGGUGUCCCGGGGGGAUAAGACCCUGACCCCGAUGCUGGACAGCUGGGCAGAGGGCGGACGGACCAUGGACCUGAUGGAGGAGAUCUUCCCCGCGGGGGGAGGGAGGUUGCUGUGGCAAUGCCGCAGGAGCAGCACCUGUCUGGAGGACAGAAGUCAAGAUGGUGUCUGUUCAAUAGGACCCAAUCUGCUGCAGAGAACAGAGGGAGGAAGAGGAGGAGGAGGAGGAGGAGAGGUGGACACAGAUCUGGAUGAUGAUGAGACAGACCUCAAUCAGAAGAAGGUGGAGCUACUCCAGGCCCUGACUCUGAGCAUUACCUCCUUGCGGGAGGAGAAGGAGGUUCUGGCAGAGGAGCAGAGGAGGUUCCGGGCCCUAGGGGGCCACAUGGAGAGCCUGGUCCAGGAGCGGUGUAAGCCCAACGAGAGGGAGAAGUACAAGAUGUUCAUCGGGGACAUGGAUAAGAUAGUCAACCUUCUGUUGUCUCUGUGUGGCCGGCUGGCCCGGGUCCAUAACGCUCUCUCUGCCCUGGACAGAGAGGAGGAGACAGAGGACAGCCAAGAGGAAAGGGAGUCUUUACAGCAGAAGCGCAGGCAGCUGUGUAGUCAGCACCAGGAUGCCAGGGAGUUGAAGGAGAAUCUGGACCGGCGGGAGUGUGUGGUACUGGACAUCCUGGGCGGGUACCUGACUGGGCCGCAGCUUAGAGACUACCAGCACUUCGUCUGUAUGAAACCAGCCCUGCUGAUCCGCCAGCGACACCUGGAUGAGCUCCUUAAGCAGUGGGAUGAACAGCUCAGCAGGCUGGCUGAGAGUAUCUCUCCAGGGGACCACCAGGCCCGGCCCAGCUCACCUAUCCCUGGGAUGAACCCCAGCCUCGGCCCUAACCUUAGGGCUCCCAGCCCUAACCUUAGGGCUCCCAGCCCUAACCUUAGGGCUCCCAGCCCUAACCUUGGUCCAACCCACACAGUCCGCUCCACCACUGUGACAUCACUGUGACAUCACCCCAACAACAACACUGCUCCUGGACACUCCUACAGUUGCUGUGUCUCUGACACAGUGGGAGGAGCACCAUGAGUCUGGCGAGCAAGAUACAACAGUACUUGAUUGAAGAGAGAGACAGAGUUAGAGAGAGAGUUAGAUACAGUGAGAGAGACAGAGACAGUUCAUCGAGCAGAACUGGAGGAAGGAUGUCUGUCCCCUUGUUGCAGACAGACAGGUAGACAGACAGGCAGGCAGACAGACAGACAGACUGCAUUCAGACAGACUGCAUUCAGACACAGACAGGUAGACAGACUGCAUUGAGACAGACUGCAUUCAGACAGAUAGGUAGACAGACAGACUGCAUUCAGACGGACUGCAUUCAGACAGACUGCAGACAGACUGCAUUCAGACAGACUGCAUUCAGACAGGUAGACAGACUGCAUUCAGACAGGCAGACAGACAGGCAGACAGACUGCAUUGA